CAGAACAGGAGGAAGCUCAGGAGUCAGGACAGACAGGAGCAGGGAAACAGCUUCUAUGGCUUCCUCAGUCCUGGUCAAUGUGAAGGAGGAGGUGACCUGCCCCAUCUGCCUGGAGCUCAUGGUGGAACCUGUGAGCACCGACUGUGGCCACAGUUUCUGCAAACUGUGCAUCACUGCAAACUGUGAGUCCACGGUACAAGAGCAAGGAGUGAGCACCUGCCCUGUGUGCCGAGUCACUUUCCAGUUUGAAAGCCUGAGGCCCAAUCGCCAGGUGGCCAGCAUAGUGGAGAUGCUCAGCGGGUUGACACUGUUCCCGGAGGCAGAUCACUGUGAACGCCAUGGCGAGAAACUCCUGCUGUUCUGUAAGGACGAUGGGAAGGUCAUUUGCUGGCUUUGUGAACGUUCUCAGGAGCACCGUGGUCACGACAUUUCUCUCGUGGAGGAGGCUGCACAAGAGUAUGAG